GAUGAUGCAUGUGAGAAAUUCUAUGGAUCAUGUCCAAUCUUACUUUGCUUUUGAAGUCUAUCCAUUUUACGCCCUGUGUCAUCAAUUCUGAAAGCAGAAUGGGAUUCCUGCCAAAUUUUCAUCUUACUUCUGCCAUGGAUUUUGCUAACAGAAGGCUUUCAACCAAUUCCCAAGUUACGUUCUUCUGAUGUUCCUCUUAUUGUCAGAUCUCUGCAGAAAUCAGCUUCGGAAUACAUAGCUCGUGCAGGAACAUCAAAAUUUGAUGAUUUCGAAGCUGCAGCAGACAGUCUUUCACCAUUGUUCAUAAGAGCUCCUUCCACUCAACUGUUACCUUUGUCAUUCAAUGAGCAACUGUGGCAGAAUAGUUAUAGACGUGAUUCACCUUCUUCUGGGUGGUUUGGUUUUAAUCAUUUCAUUCCGAGAUCUGCAAGAAAUUUCCCUACUAACGCGAAUCGAAAAGCUCGGAGCUCUUAUCUUCUAGGGGAAAGUUCACAGUUGCAUCCUAUGACAAAUAUUCAGAACUCUCAUCCCACUGAUGAACUGGAUCUAGACAUCGCGUUGAAGCUCAGACAACUUCAACAGAAUCUACGUCUGUUACCUCAGCAGAAACCUUUCGAGCAACCCCAUUUCGUUUUGAUGGAACAAGCAAUAAAAUUACCUACGGGAUUUCUUGUUCCUGCUGUGCGCAAUCAUCAGCAAAAGAUUCGUCCAAGGCAUUUGCACAGUCCAAACAAUAGUCCUAGACAUUCCCACAAUCCAAACAAAGAUAACCUAAGGCAUUCCCACAAUCCAAACAAAGAUAACCUAAGGCAUUCUCACAAUCCAAACGAUAGCCCAAAUCAUUCUAACUAUAAUCCGUCUUCUAACAACCAUCUUCAUAAAUCAGCGUCAGCUUUGACUCCGGUGACCAUCAAAAUCCUGCCUCUAAAACUGACUUCAAUAGAGAUAGCGAACGCAUUGAAAAGUGUGUCCUUUAUGCCUAUACCUCUAGACUUUCUGAACAUAAAAGGUAACGGAGGCGGAAGCGACUUUGAAGAUAAGCCAACCUAUAAUGACAGAGACGAAUCUCAACCUGAAGAAGGAUGGAAUGAUGAAGAAGAAGAUUUACCACCUCCAUCUUCGCAUGUAGCAACACCACAAGAUAAACCUCUCGGAAUUACAUAUGCGGAAGGCCGAAGAUCUGAGCGUUACAUCAAUAGAUAUCACCCCAGAAAAUAGAACCUGAUUCUAUGAUUAGAAGUCCUACAUUGCAGAAUAAGAUUAUUAUCAUCAAAAUAUUACUCUCAUAUCCUUUCAGAUCUUUGAGAGAAAAAAUAAGAUAUUCGUACAAAGAUCUUACGAAGAUUGUUUAUUGUUCCACUUAUGUUAAGAAAUGUGAAAAUUUUCACACAUUUAUGUUUUUCAUUUUGUCUUUGGUUUGCUAAAAAUGAAAGCAAAGCGUAACCUAAACAAUUUCAGUUAAGUACUGAAAACUUACAUUUUUCACUCCUGGUAAAUUUUUAGGCAGCAAGAAAUCUGGCAUUAUAAGUUUCUUAAAAUAAACUUUAUUCAAAAUGAUGAAUUUCAAGAUUCCUCAACGAGUUACUAGCUUUGAUAUGCAUUGCAUACGCAGAGUUCAGUACACUUACAAGGCGAUGGACGACCUGAUUUCCCAUAAUAUUUUCUUUCCAGUUACUAAAUAUAGGCACAGCGUCGAGGGAUAAUUCUAAGUUAUUGAAAAUUACAUUUUCACUAAAUUGCUUCUACUAGAAGCAGAAAUUUUAUUUCAAAAUUUUAAGCAUUAAGCGUUAAUUGGGAUAGUCGCAGCAGUACAUAACGAUUAAUUGUCGGAGAACAGAUAUGCAGUAUUAUCUUAGAGCAAUAACGAGUUUAUAAUCACUUCAUCAGAAAGGCUGAUGUUUUGCUUGAUAUCAUUUUGCGUUAUGUUGGGAAUCAGAAAUGUUAAAGAUAAAAUAAUGUGCUGUGCUGAAUGCUUUUUGAAAAUGGUUGGUAUGAAAAUUAUAUUUUACUAUCAUGUUAUUUACUUAAUUUGACAAUAUGUUAUGUAAUGAACGUUUAAUGGUACUUUAUGUACUAUCAAGCUGUAGAUCAAAAAUUAAAUUUUUUUAAGAAAAGAUAAUGGAAAAGAAUAAAAUAUUAAAAAAAAGAUUUUUCUGCAAUUUCACAUCCUGCCUGUUUCAUUCUAAUUUUUAAUAUUUUACUUCGUAUUCAAUUUACCAAAGCGAAAUCAGACAAUUUCGACAGUUAGAAUAUCAAAGGAAUUGAAACACCUUAAAAUUACGUCUACAAGUGUUUGAGAAGUGCAGAAGGUUCAAAAUCAUGAGUUUGGAAACCAUAAAAAUUUGAAAUGUAUGAGACACUGAUAAAUCAAAUUUCAAUUCAGACAUAUAGAAAGUUAAAGACAUAUAUAUAGACAUAUAGUUAUUUUAUCAAUUGUGGAAUUUGAGAUUUUAUCGGUACACAUGUUGAAUAAAAUACUUCGAUAGGGUCUUCGAAAUUAACAACUGUAUAAAAUAGAAGCUGCGGCUUCUUUUUUAUUGCUCAUAAUAAUAAUUUUAACUCUUUUAUCUAAGGAGCUAUGCUUUA